AUGGGCAACAACAGUUCCCACAAAAGGACCAAAGUGUCCAAGCAGGUUGGCAAGGAGAGGCCACCCGACAUGGACAAGGCCUUGGGGAAGCAGCAGUUCUUCAGCCACUUCAGGCAGAAGCCAGGCACCAAGAUCCUGCUGCUUUUCUCCGCGGACAGGCGGCGGCAGCAAGCCGAGGCGGCGGCGGGCCCGGUCGCGCGGCCCGGGAGGCGGAGCGAGGACUCGGUGGGCUCCCUGGCGGCGGCCCCCAGGAUGCGGGGAGCAGGCGACGGCGCAGAGUGGCACGAGGGCGCGCGAACUAGUGCCGUCAAGCCCAGGGGACAGAGUCAAGAGCUGAAAGGCGGGCCUUCAUCUAGGCCAGUCGGGACAGACCGCCUCUGGGAGCACAGCGAAGCCCAGAAGGUGGCGUCAGUGUCGGGGAGGCGCCGGGUCCGGCCGCCCUCACUGGGCCGCAUCGCAGUGGUGGUUGACCAGGGAUCGGGGUUCACCAAGGCAGGCUUUGCGGGCGAGAACCAGCCACGCCUGGUGUUGAAGAGCUCCAGCCUAGUGCCCCGCUGGGACCAGCCCGUGCUGCCCGGGGCGCUGGGCUGUGAGCUGGUGGGUGGCAUGGAGCGGGCACACCCCAUCAAGCAUGGCAUGGUGGUGGACUGGGAGGCGCUGGAGGGGCUCUGGGAGCGCCUGCUGGUAGGCGGUCUGCGGGUGUGCCCAGAGCAGUGGCCAGUGCUGGUGAGCGACUCGCCCUCGGCGCCACCCUCAAGCCGCGAGAGGAUAGCGGAGCUGCUGUUUGAGGACCUGGCAGUGCCCGCGUGCCACAUGGCCAGCACUGCGCUGCUGGCUGUCUGCUCCACCGGCGCUUUCAGCGGGCUGGCUGUGGAGGCAGGAGCGGGGGUGUGCCACGCCACGCCCAUCUACGCAGGCCACUCGUGGCACGAGGCCACCUUCCGGCUGGAGGUGGCAGGCACCACCCUCUCGCGCUACCUGCGGGAUCUGCUGGUGGCAGCGUGCCCUGAUCUACUGCUGCAGACCCUACCCCGAAAGGCCGUCACACAGCUCAAGAAGCGCUGCUGCUACGUCUCGCUGGACUUUGAGGGGGACCUCCAUAACCCUGCCCGCCACCAUCCAGCCAGUAUCUGCUUAGGCAAUGGAUGCUCCGUCUACCUCAGCAGCGAGCGCUUCCGCUGCCCUGAACCCAUCUUUCAGCCGGCUCUGCUAGGCCACAUGGAGCCAGGACUGUCGACACUGGCCUUCUGGGCACUGCGGAAGGUGCCUGAAACACUUCGGAAGAGGCUGGCUGACACUGUGGUGCUGGCCGGUGGCUCCACACUUUUCCCUGGUUUCACUGAGCGCCUGGAGAUGGAGCUACUAGCGCAGUGCCAGAAGCAUGGCUAUGGGGCACUGCAGCCACACCUGGUGGUCAAGCCUGGGCGAGGAACAGCCGUGUGGACCGGUGGCUCCAUGGUGGCUUCAUUGCACAACUUCCAACGCCAAUGGAUGACCCGGGCCAUGUACAACGAGUGUGGCUCCAGGCUGGUGCACGAAGUCUUCAACUGAGUCAUGCUGGACUGGAAGGGGUGGUGCCACCAGCGGGCUGCAGAGGCACAGGCUUAGCGGGCUGAGCUGAAGCUCUAUCAAAGGCAGUGAGUGCCAGAUAAAAGUAUCAGGUGACUGGAGCUCGCAGAGUCAUUGUGUGGUGAUGGG